CGACAAAUCAGAAAAAUAUCAAAAAAAAAAUGGAAUUCAAAUCUAAACCGAGAAUUCAAAUUCCGACCACCAACAUGAAACGAUCAUCAUCAUCAAACUCCGAUUACUCACACUUCGAGUCACCGCACUCACCGCUCCGCCUCAGUUCACCGCUCCCCUCCGACCAAGGCGACCUCCACGACUCCCCUCCCUUCGUUUCUCCAAUGAACUCGCCACAAAAAUCCCCGCCGCCGGUCAACAACUCAAUGGCCAUCAUCGCAGUCGAUAAGUUCACUCAGUGUACUCCUCAACCAUCACCUAAACCGCCAGAACAUGCUAACGGAAAAAGUAAAGCUCAGGCGCCUCCUCCGGUGACUGUUAAUAGGGCAGUGAAGGAGGAGGGACCGACGGUGAUGGGGAAGUAUAAGGCGGACGGGAGAUCGACGGUGGGAGUGGUGCAGAAGCCGGCGGGACGAAGCUCGAGAGGAGAGGAGAAGAUGAAAGUGGGGGAGUUAGGGUUUAGAAUUAGUGAGAUUGUUUUGUGUUUGAUUUCAUUUUCGGUUAUGGCGGCUGAUAAGACUCAAGGUUGGAGUGGUGAUUCGUAUGAUCGAUAUAGAGAAUACAGGUAUUGUUUGUCUGUGAAUGUUAUUGGAUUUGUGUAUUCUGGAUUCCAAGCUUAUGAUUUAAGUUAUCAUUUGGUCACCGGGAAACAUGUGAUUCGCCAUCAUCUCCGUCGGCAUUUCACUUUCUUCAUGGAUCAAAUACUAGCAUAUCUUCUGAUAUCAGCAUCGUCAUCAGCAGCUACCCGCGUAGAUGACUGGCAAUCUAACUGGGGCAAAGAUGAGUUCACAGAGAUGGCUACAGCUUCAGUUGCGAUGGCGUUACUAGCUUUUAUUGCCUUUGCUGUUAGCUCCCUUAUAUCCGGUUAUAACCUAUAUAACAAUGGGUCAACUUGAUUUAUGAAACAAUUUCAUGUUGUAAUUUAUAGUGUUGUGGGGAAAGGAAUCAAGAAAAUGUCCAAAUGGAAAAUAAUUUCUAAAUGUUGUAUAGAUAUAUAGGUAAAUUUCUUUUACAACUAUUGUAUUAUUUUGAUUUUAAAUUUAGAUAAAAUUGUAAAAUUUUGGAUUUUUAUAGGCUUUUUAGCAGUUACUGGUUUGGUGUAGAAGUAGAACAUAUAUAAUGUAACCUAUCAAAUCUCUUGUAAUGUCAUUAAAAAAUAAAAUAAAUGAGAUUUUUUAGCAUUUUA